GCACUCAGGAUGGCGUGACUUAAACAGUGAAAGUACGUAAAGCGUCACGUGAAACCAGGGAUGUCUGUCACAUGCUUAGCAUGUGACGCAGUUCUCGUGGUCACGCAAUCUUUAUUAACUUUAAACGACCGACUCUUUGUGCAAAAGAACUUUUCAAAGAACAAUGCCCGCUUUGGAAGAGAGUGGGAACGUAGCUUCUUGGCCAGCAUCAAAAGCUAGGCAUCAAUUUCGCACAAAUCCAGAGUAUGAGGGGAAAUCAACGUCGGGAUUUUGUAUGCGACAUGUUCAGACAAAUCUGGCGAUCCUUCCAGCUUCACUGGCCGAUGAAUUUGAACAGUUCUGCAAUUUAAACAAAGCUCCAUGUCCAUUAUUGUACAAAAGCAAACCUGGUGAACUAUCUGCUGGAAAUCUCGCCCAGGAUUCUGAUGUAAGGUAUGACAAAUUUAAGAAAUGCUAGGGGCUCUUGAUAGUUCCCUUUUUGAAUGUGCACCCAUGUAAGAAGACUGAGCUAUCUCCGGAAAAACUACUCCUACAACUUUCGUUAUCGUCAGUGUCACCUUUCAUUAAGCAGCUGUUAUAAUUGAAGUAAAUAGCAUCUAAAUCGUUUACCCUUUCACUCCAGGAAUGACCAAGAUACAAUUUUUUGAGAAGAUAACUCUCUCACUCCCAAUAGCUCAAUGAAAAUUCUCCAUACUGUCUGUCAUACUUCUCCUAUAAAGUUUGUUCCGAGAAUUUGUCGUCGGAUCAAAUGCUAUUUUCCUUAUUAAUAUAUAUAUUUUUUCAUUCACAUCACUUGGCAGCUUGAUAUUGUAUUGAUCAAUACUAUAACAAGAAAUUAAGUUUUGGUCACUCUUGGGGGUUGAAAGGGUCAAGAUGCAGGUACUGUAGGUGAUGAGAAUAGAGAAAAGUUUCAAGCAGGGAUAUUUAAUGAUUCAUCGCCAAAUUCUCCCUAACAUCAGAAAAAAUGUUUUGCAGCCAGUAAGGAGAGUUGCAAUAAGGAUCUUUAGAGUGACAAGGCCAAACAACUGAACUAGUUUAUUAAUAACUACUGAGAAGCAAGGCCAGUUCAUUUAAGACAUUGGAAUGGAAGGUUUGAACUUGAAGGUUUCAAAUUGACUUAACCCUAUUAAGCAAGAAUGAAUGAAAUGUGGGGGGGGGGGUGUUGGGGAGGGGGAGAUCUUUAGCAUAUCUGCAACAAGGCUGCGGAACUAACUACCCAUUAACCUACAAAAAGAGGUGAAAAACAGUUGCUUCUUUCAGAAAGGCCUUUCACAGACAUUUUCUAAUGAGCUACAAUGAAGAAGAACAUUUCAGUUCAAAUGCAAUUUAACCCAACGGAGGCAGCAUAUUUUAUUUGAUCCAGUUUUUAGCUUGCAUUCUAACUUAUAGACCUGUUGACCAGUUUUAUAAUCUUUGAAUACAUUUUAAUUCUAAUUGUGGUACUUUUAGGAUCAAGGGCCACCAGUUCAUUAGUUGAAUUACUUUUGUGUGUUAGCCUCCUUAAAUAAAGUUAUUAUUAUUAUUAUUAACAAUUGCCCUGUAUUCUUGUUCAAGUGAGUCUGAAAAUACAAUGAACACAAUGUCUGCUUUUCUGAGUCUAAGAUUUAAGAAUAUUUAGUUCUGGCAAAGAUACUGAAAGCUAUAGUCAGAUCAAUUAAUUUGUGUUUCAACUUUCAAUUAAAAGCAACUGAAUAUGACCAACAUCUAAUUUCUCCUUACAAUAUCAUCCCUCAAUCAUACAUUAAGGUCAUGAUAAUAAUGGGAAUGGUCACCAACUAAGGAAGCUCUCAAUUGUUUAAUAACAAAUUCUUCUCGUCAGCACCUCAGGAAAGUAUAGAGAACUGUACGGAGAUUAUGCAAACUGAUGUUAGGGUGUAAAGGGUGAAGGUAUGCUCCUAACCUGUCACUGAUUACAGAGAAACCAUGAAACCUAAUUUAGGGAACAUCCUUGGACAACAAAAAGUAGUCUGGAAAAAAGAAAUGUCCCUAACCCUUGAUAAAAUGUUGUAUAAGUCAUAAUUUCCACAUAUCUCCACAAUAAUGAGUUGUAAAUUUCUUAUCUAAAACUUUCAGAACUGAUCUUCCAAUGUAUUGGGUCUCUGAGAAUGGAAAUGUCACUAAGAAAGUGGGGAACCUAACCAGUUAUCCUCUGGAGGACUAUGUGUCCUUUUACCUUGGAUGCAGCUUUUCCUUUGAAGAUGCAUUGAUGAAAGCUGGCAUUGAACUGCAGCAUGUUGUAAAAAAGCGCAAUGUAUCAAUGUUUAAAACUAACAUUCCAUGUUUGCCUGUUGGGCCAUUUGACUGCCCUAUGGUUGUUUCAAUGCGACCAAUUCCCAGAGAAUUGGUUGAAAAAACAGUUAUUGUCACAGCUGCCUAUGAUGCAGUGCAUGGAGCCCCAAUACAUAUCGGCGAUCCAUCAGUGAUAGGAAUCGAUGAUAUUGAUAAGACAAACUUUGGAGAAUCUUCUGAUGUUGCUGAUAUGAUACCUGUGUUCUGGGCUUGUGGUGUAACGUCAUCAGUUGCAGUAAGAUCAGCAAGUAAGUGGUGUCAGGCUAAGAGGAUUUUAUUACUUUACCUACUAGUAAUUAUCAUGUCCACUUCAAGUGAUAUAUUAGCUAGAAAAAAUGAUGAAAUGACUUAUUAAAAACUUAUAGCAAAGAGAUAGAAAAUGGUACUGUACCUUAGAGGAAGGUAUCUUGAUGUAAUAACAAAUUCUCUCAACUUUCAUGCAUUUACACUGGAAUAUACAGCUGCCAGACAGUGGAUUUAUGAGUCACAUUCAAUUUGAGAAAAUGGGUUGAGAACACACAGAAUGUACAAAUAAUGAUUUCCUUUACCAACAUUUUGAUGCAGUAAGUGCAUGUAUGGUGAACUGCUUUCAUUUUUAAUCCAAUUUUGUGUGAUUUAAUUUGCAAGUAAAGAUUAGCCAGUUUUUAACAGAAUUUCUUGGUAAGUGAAACAAGAUUAAAACUUUCCAUCUUCAAAAAAAAAAUAUGGCUGCAAAAUAUUUGGUAGACAUGUAACUUUAGCAUAUGUAACUGGUAAUUGGGAAAAUUAGCUCUUAGAUCCUGGGAUUGAUUGCCAUUUAAUUUAACAGUGUAUAUAUAUUUAGUAUAUGUACAAUUAACAGUGGUGGACAAAAUAAUCCCUUUUUUCUUUUGUUUUCAGAAACUAGGACCAGGUAAUUUUGACUUUUUUUCUUGUCCUUCCAUUUCUGCAGAACUACCACUAUCAUUCAGUCAUCAGCCUGGGUCAAUGUUCAUAUGUGACACCACUUUGGAAGAAUACUUUAGAGUCAAUAAACCUGAACAUGGCGAUGAACAACCCAAACUUAUCACUCUGGCAGAUCAACCAUUUUUAGCUUCUGUCUGCUCUGAAACUGCAUUUAAAAAAGUGGAAAAGCUCAGUAAACUGUUGAGUCAUCAGAGUGGUUUUGAAGGAGAUGUCUAUGAUUCUGAUUUCCUGAAGAUUUCUGCCAGAUUGUCCCAUGCUCCAUCUGUUGUUAUUGGCAUUCUUGAUGAGGAAAUAAUACCUUCCUCUGAAUUGGCGACUUCGGAUGGUCUCCAAGGAGUUAUCACUUUGGUCAAAGCACUUCAGGCAGUGAAAAAGAAGAUCACCAUUAUCACAGAACACAAUUCACAAGUGAUUCAUGACUGUGUCACAGCCAAUGCUUCUCAAGGAAUAUCAGAAAAAGAUGUCCACGUUGUUACAUUGGAGGACAGCAGGAACUUGAAGGACAGACUUUUUACUGGGAAUGUAAAUCACAAACUGGAUACAGUGAUAGCUUUACAAAUGACAACAGAGUUUAGCAACAGCAAUAGUGGAUCUGAAAGGACUAUUCAAGUUGGUUUGGUGGACAAAUUAUUUCAGGAAGGUAUGUUAAUGUUUAAUUGAAAAUUGAAACAUAAUGAAAUCUCCCAUGUAUAUGCUCAUUCUCCACAAUUGUCUAUUUUAGCAAUUGACCAACUGGUUUCAAUUGGUAGAAAUAUUUCCAUUUCAUAAAUUUCGAAGUAAAUGUGUUGAACUUAAGUUUCAACAGAGUGAAGCUACAUGUAUUUGUUUAUAUUAAUCUGCAUUGGUGCAUGGCAAAAGACAAAUUUUGGGGUUUUUGUUCUUUGCAUUAUGAAAUUGAGACCUGAAAGGAGAAUUCUCACCUGAAUGAAUAUACCCUGAUGGCUUAGAAGUCUGGGUCUAGAGGUCUGGGUUUUGAGCCCUUGACCACUCAAACUGUUGGGGUCUAUAGCAAAACACCUGCUAGUGAGUGGUUGGAGGGCUGGAAGGGCUCUAAAGACCACUAAUCUCCCCCUUUCCUAUUUCAAAUGGGAUAUUGAGUUUCAAUUCAUUGAUCGCAUCUUCAGACCAACAUCUACAUAUAAGAUCUGACACCUGCUUUUUAAUUGUGCCUAAUAGACUAUUCUUUUGUCCUGCCCCUGAUAUAUACCCUCCCUGUUUGUAUAACUUGAAUGUAAAGUUUUAAUCUUUUAGUUUAUAGCUUUCAAAAUGGAAUUGUGUCAGUGAAAAUCACCACCAACAGACAGGAGACAUCACCAAAUGGCAAUUGCAGUUCAGUUUAUAGUCAUGUUAUGGUUGCCAACUCCGUGCAGACAGCUGCAUUGGGUCUUUCUGCUGCCUUAUAUGUCCUGAAUAGCUGUCCAAUUCACUCACGGUAUCUACGGCAUGGUAUUGGCAAAAGAGAAGUCUUCCAAGUUGGGCAAUUCCUUGUGAACAACACUGAACAAGUAAGAACU